GCUCUACGCUCCAACGCACUUGCAGGCUCCGAGCGCGCCGCGGCCGAGCGACGCGGCACUUGUCCCCAACGACACACGCCCGACGAAAUGUACGAGCAUCUGUGACCGGUGACCCAGUGCAGUGAAUUACAUCAUACAGUGCAUUCCAAGUGAUCCCCAGUGCGACGAUGUGGACGCGCAGCUGAUCCCCCGACGCCAGGCGAUUCCAGCGGAUCAGCGGUGUUAACGAUCGUGCCGGUGACCACAUGCCGUCGACACCAUGGUGAUCGUUACCAGGGGCGACUACAUAUGGAUCGAGCCGGUGUCGGGCCGCGAGUUCGACGUGGCGAUCGGCGCACGAGUCCUCGCCGCCGAGGGGCGCCGCAUCCGGGUGCGCGACGACGACGGCCAGGAGCAAUGGCUGCCGCCGGAGCGCCGCAUCAAGGCCAUGCACGCCACGUCCGUGCACGGAGUCGAGGACAUGAUCUCGCUCGGGGACUUGCACGAGGCGGGGAUCUUGAGGAAUCUGCUGAUCCGGUACAACGAGAAUCUCAUCUAUACAUACACAGGCUCCAUAUUAGUAGCAGUGAAUCCAUACCAAAUCCUACCAAUAUACACAGCUGACCAAAUAAAGCUUUACAAGGAGCGCAAGAUCGGCGAGCUGCCGCCUCACAUCUUCGCGAUCGGGGACAAUGGAUACGCGCACAUGCGGCGAUACGGUCAGGACCAGUGCAUCGUCAUCAGCGGAGAGUCUGGCGCCGGGAAGACCGAGUCCACCAAGCUGAUACUGCAGUACUUGGCUGCUAUAAGCGGGAAGCACUCUUGGAUUGAGCAACAGAUCCUGGAAGCUAACCCGAUUCUAGAAGCAUUCGGUAAUGCGAAGACGGUACGAAACGACAACUCGUCUCGUUUCGGCAAGUACAUUGACAUCCACUUCAACGCUGGUGGAGUCAUCGAAGGGGCCAAAAUAGAACAGUAUCUACUAGAGAAGUCCAGAAUAGUCCACCAAGGAAAAGAUGAGAGGAAUUACCACGUGUUUUACUGCCUACUAGCUGGUCUAUCCAAGGAGGAUAAGAAGAAGCUCGAGCUUGGCUCUGCAUCGGAAUACAGAUAUUUAUCUGGAGGCAACAGUUUCACGUGCGAGGGUCGCGACGAUGCCGCGGAGUUCCAGGACAUUCGGUCAGCGAUGAAGGUCCUGCUCUUCUCGGAACAGGAGAUCUGGGAGAUAUUGAAAUUGCUAGCAGCAGUUCUACACUGUGGAAACAUAAAGUAUGAAGCCACGGUGGUUGACAACCUUGAUGCUACGGAAAUUACAGAGCAGGCGAACGUAAGACGAGUGGCAACCCUACUGGGAGUACCAAUGCAGUCGCUUAUUGAUGCGCUCACUAGAAAGACACUGUUCGCACACGGGGAGACAGUGGUGUCAACCCUGAGUCGGGACCAGUCAGUAGACAUCAGGGAUGCAUUCGUGAAAGGCAUCUACGGCAGGUUGUUCGUAACGAUUGUAAAGAAGAUCAACGCAGCGAUUUACAAACCCAAAUCUACAAUGAGGACGGCCAUUGGUGUGCUAGACAUAUUUGGUUUCGAAAACUUUGAUCAGAACAGUUUCGAGCAGUUCUGCAUUAAUUUUGCCAAUGAGAACCUGCAGCAAUUCUUCGUUAGACACAUUUUCAAAUUAGAGCAAGAGGAGUAUAAUCAUGAAGGUAUAAACUGGCAGCACAUAGAGUUUGUAGACAACCAAGAUGCUUUGGAUCUUAUAGCGCUAAAACAAUUAAAUAUCAUGGCACUGAUAGACGAAGAGUCCAAAUUCCCCAAAGGAACAGACCAGACAAUGUUAGCGAAGCUACACAAAACCCAUGGACUCCACAGAAACUAUUUGAAACCCAAAUCAGAUAUCAACACAAGCUUUGGACUGAACCACUUCGCUGGUGUAGUGUUUUACGACACUCGUGGGUUCUUGGAGAAAAAUCGAGACACUUUCAGUGCAGAUCUGUUGCAACUGAUCCAUAUAUCAACAAAUAAAUUCCUACAACAAAUUUUCCAAGACGACAUCGCAAUGGGCUCCGAAACACGCAAGCGGACUCCCACGCUAUCUACACAGUUUAAGAAAUCUCUCGAUUUGCUUAUGCGAACUUUGGGCACGUGUCAACCGUUCUUCAUCCGAUGUAUAAAGCCGAACGAGUUUAAAAAGCCAAUGCUGUUUGACCGUGGCCUGUGUUGUCGGCAGCUGCGAUACUCCGGUAUGAUGGAGACGAUAAGGAUUAGAAGAGCAGGUUAUCCUAUCCGGCACAGCUUUAAAGAAUUUGUAGAGCGUUACAGGUUCUUAAUCUCUGGCGUUCCACCUGCACAUAAGACCGACUGCCGGGCGGCUACAUCCAAGAUCUGUGCGACCGUGCUGGGGAAGUCUGACUACCAGUUAGGGCAUACCAAAGUGUUUUUGAAGGACGCUCACGACUUGUUCUUGGAGCAGGAGCGUGACAGAGUGCUGACGCGGAAGAUCUUGAUCCUGCAGCGGUCGAUCCGAGGGUGGGUGUACCGGAGGCGGUUCCUGAAGAUGCGGGCAGCGGCGGUGCUGAUCCAGCGGCACUGGCGGGGAAAGCUGCAGAGGAUUCGCUACCAAAAGAUGAAGGCGGGCUACUCGCGGCUGCAGGCGCUCAUCCGGGCGAGAGUGCUGGCGCAUCGCUUCCGCCAUUUGCGUGGGCACAUCGUGGCUUUGCAGGCGCGCGCCCGAGGCUACCUCGUCCGCCGUUCAUACGGGCACAAGAUGUGGGCGAUCGUGAAGAUACAAACCCAAGUCCGGCGCGUGAUCGCCGUGAAGCGCUACAAGAGGAUGAAGCAGGACAUGAUCGCGCACUCGGAGGCGCUCCGUCUGAGGAGGCAGGAGGAGCAGCGGCUGCAGCACCAGGGCAAUACGAGGGCGAAGGAGAUAGCUGAGCAGAAUUAUAGGGAACGCAUGUAUGAGUUGGAGCGGCGCGAUGCAGAAAUAGCAUUGGAAGAAAAGAGACAGCUAGAGGCGAAGAGGACUCUGCUACAAGAAGCGCAACGCAAGCAGGACGAGCCAGUAGACGACAGCAAGCUGGUGGAAGCCAUGUUCGACUUCCUGCCUGACUCCAGCAGCGAAGCGCCGGCUCCCAAAGACACGUCCAUCUUCAGUGACUUGCCGCAGCAGCGCGCUGAUCAACAGGAGAUGGUGACCCCAAUGCAGACGACUUCGGAGGAUGAGGAGGAUCUGUCGGAGUUCAAGUUCCAGAAGUUCGCAGCGACCUACUUCCAGGGCAACGUCACCCACCAGUACUCUAAGAAACCGCUGAAGCACCCACUGCUGCCGCUGCACACCCAGGGUGAUCAGCUGGCUGCGCAAGCGCUGUGGGUCACUAUUUUGCGCUUCACCGGCGACCUGCCGGAGCCCAGAUACCACACCAUGGACCGAGACAACACCUCCGUCAUGUCCAAGGUCACAGCGACCUUGGGAAGGAACUUCAUAAGGUCCAAGGAGUUCCAGGAGGCGCAGCUGAUGGGGGUCGAUCCUGACGCAUUCCUCAAACAACAGAAGCCGAGGUCCAUCCGACACAAGCUGGUGUCGCUGACGUUGAAGAGGAAGAAUAAGUUGGGAGAAGAUGUGCGCCGUAAAUUGCAGGACGAGGAGUACACUGCUGACAGCUACCAAUCCUGGCUGGAGUCACGACCGACGUCAAAUUUAGAGAAGCUGCAUUUCAUAAUUGGACACGGAAUCCUUCGCGCUGAACUGAGAGACGAAAUCUACUGUCAGAUCUGCAAGCAGCUCACCAACAACCCCUCCAAGUCCUCACACGCCAGAGGCUGGAUCUUGCUUUCACUGUGCGUCGGAUGCUUUGCCCCGAGCGAAAAGUUCGUCAACUAUCUAAGAGCAUUCAUCAGGGAGGGACCACCUGGGUAUGCUCCAUACUGCGAAGACCGUCUCAAGAGGACUUUUAACAACGGAACGAGGAAUCAGCCCCCAUCAUGGCUAGAACUCCAAGCUACAAAGUCUAAAAAGCCUAUAAUGUUACCAAUAACAUUCAUGGACGGGAACACAAAGACAUUGCUAGCAGAUUCCGCGACCACCGCCAGAGAGCUCUGUAAUCAGUUGUCGGAUAAGAUCGCCUUACGUGACCAAUUCGGGUUCUCUCUGUAUAUUGCUUUGUUUGAUAAAGUCAGUUCACUCGGAAGCGGUGGUGACCACGUCAUGGAUGCUAUAUCUCAGUGCGAACAAUAUGCUAAGGAACAAGGAGCUCAAGAGAGAAAUGCCCCGUGGAGGUUAUUCUUUAGGAAAGAAAUAUUUGCACCAUGGCAUGACCCUACUGAGGACCAAGUAGCAACUAAUUUAAUUUACCAACAAGUGGUUAGAGGAGUGAAAUUUGGGGAAUACAGAUGUGACAAGGAAGAAGACCUGGCUAUGAUAGCUGCGCAACAGUACUAUAUUGAAUAUGGACAAGACAUGAAUUCGGACCGGUUAUUCACUUUGUUGCCUAAUUACAUACCGGAUUAUUGUUUGACUGGUGUCGAGAAAGCAGUAGAUCGCUGGGGCGCCUUAGUAGUGACAGCAUAUAAAAAGAGUUAUUACGUGAAAGAGAAAGUGGCAGCCUAUAAAGUGAAGGAAGAUGUCGUGAGUUAUGCAAAAUUCAAGUGGCCUCUGCUAUUUUCGAGAUUCUACGAAGCAUACAGAAACUCGGGCCCGAAUUUGCCAAAGAAUGAUGUCAUCAUUGCUGUAAACUGGACUGGUGUGUAUGUUGUGGAUGAUCAAGAACAAGUGCUGCUGGAAUUAUCUUUCCCUGAAAUCACAACAGUAUCAAGCCAAAAGACAAACAAAGUCUUCACACAAACAUUUAGCUUGGCAACGGUUCGGGGCGAAGAGUUCACAUUCCAAAGCCCAAAUGCAGAAGACAUUCGUGAUUUAGUGGUCUACUUUUUGGAGGGAUUAAAGAAAAGGUCCAAAUAUGUGAUUGCAUUACAAGACUACAAAGCACCAGGCGAAGGUUCUAGCUUCUUAACAUUCCAAAAGGGAGAUCUGAUUAUUUUAGAAGAAGAUAGCACCGGGGAAUCCGUGCUAAACAACGGUUGGUGUAUCGGUCGUUGUGAGAGGUCUAUGGAAAGAGGAGACUUUCCAGCCGAAACCGUAUAUGUGCUGCCAGCACUGACGAAGCCGCCGCCAGACAUCCUCGCUCUAUUUUGUUUAGAGGGAGCAUCACACGGUAGGCGGGUAUCAGCAGUAGCGGGAGUCAACGGCACAGAAACCAGAGAUAAACCUCACACCCUGAUAGAAUAUGCUAUGGAUCAUUUUAGAUUACCACCAAAGCGGACAGUAUCCAAAGCACUGACACUGUCAACAGCCAAACGUGGUGGAUCAGAAGAGCUCUGGCGGCAUUCACGAGAACCCAUAAAACUACCAUUGCUGAAAAAACUUCAGGCUAAAGAAGAAUUGGCCGAGGAGGCGUGCUUCGCAUUUACAGCUAUCCUCAAAUACAUGGGCGAUCUACCUUCAAAGAGGCCUCGCAUUGGUAAUGAAUACACUGAUCACAUAUUUGACGGCCCAUUAAAGCAUGAGAUAUUACGUGAUGAAAUUUACUGCCAAGUGAUGAAACAACUGACUGAUAAUAGGAAUAGAAUGUCUGAAGAAAGAGGUUGGGAGCUGAUGUGGCUAGCCACGGGCUUAUUUGCUUGUAGCCAGGGGCUACUGAGGGAACUGACUUUGUUCUUAAGGACUAGAAGGUAUCCAAUUGCUCAAGAUUCACUUCAAAGACUGCAAAAGACUUUAAGAAAUGGCCAGAGGAAGUAUCCCCCGCACCAGGUGGAGGUUGAAGCUAUCCAGCACAAGACUACACAGAUAUUCCAUAAAGUGUAUUUCCCUGACGAUACUGACGAGGCGUUUGAGGUGGACUCCUCCACAAGGGCAAAGGACUUCUGUCAAAACAUCGCGCAGAGACUGAAUCUCAGAUCAAGUGAAGGCUUUAGCUUGUUCGUGAAAAUCGCAGAUAAAGUGAUAUCUGUCCCUGAAGGGGACUUUUUCUUCGAUUUCGUCAGGCACUUAACAGAUUGGAUUAAGAAAGCGCGUCCUACCCGAGAUGGUAUCACACCUCAAUUUACUUAUCAGGUGUUCUUCAUGAAGAAGCUGUGGACGAACACGGUGCCGGGCAAGGACCGCGCGGCGGACGUGAUCUUCCACUUCCACCAGGAGCUGCCCAAGCUGCUGCGCGGGUACCACCGCUGCGCGCGCGACGAGGCGGCCCGGCUGGCCGCGCUGGCCUACCGCGCGCGCUUCGGGGAUAAUAAGCAGGAGCUGCAGGCUAUUCCACAAAUGCUCCGAGAGCUCAUACCAGCAGAUUUAAUAAAGCUACAAAGUUCAGCCGACUGGAAGCGGUCUAUAGUGGCGUCCUACAACCAGGACGCCGGCAUGACGCCUGAAGACGCCAAGAUCACGUUCCUGAAGGUCAUCUACCGGUGGCCGACCUUCGGGUCCGCCUUCUUUGAGGUGAAACAGACGACUGAACCAAACUACCCUGAGCUAUUGCUGAUUGCCAUCAACAAGCACGGAGUUAGCUUGAUACAUCCAUCUUCCAAGGACAUUCUAGUGACGCACCCGUUCACGCGGAUAUCGAACUGGUCAUCCGGCAACACGUACUUCCACAUGACGAUCGGAAACCUGGUGCGGGGCUCCAAGCUGCUGUGUGAGACCUCCCUGGGCUACAAGAUGGACGACCUCCUCACAUCCUAUAUCUCGCUCAUGCUGACUAACAUGAACAAGCAACGGUCGGUGCGCGUCAAAUGAGAUCGUUAGCGAAUUCCCGCGGAAUUUCAAAAUUGGAACGCUUUCAACCGGAAGUCAAUUAUAGUCUACUUUUGCCGCUUUAUAUUUUGUAUUAUGGUAGGUAGGUGUUUGACGUAUUCAAUACGUAAAUUAGUAUGUGUUAAAAUAAUUAUUCGUUUUUAUUAUUGUGUGCAUCACAAUAUUAAUACUUUUUGUUUUUAAGUUAAAACUCAUUGUAUAAAUAGUAGGUGUAAAAGCACAAUUUAUGGUCCAUUAUUCGAUUAAAAAUAUAUUUACAAAGUAUUUAUUUA